AUGAAAUGCUGAAACCCUAAAACCCAAAAUGGUGAACGCCAACACCAGAAACCCCUAAAAUCCAAUAACGGAAAAGACGAGACGACGAUGCUAGUGAUCAGAAGACUCACAACUUCACUCAUCAGCCACGCGAAGCAGCCGAUUUUCACUUCUGUACAGAACCCACUCCAUUUGCAAUCUCUACAAUCCCGUCAAUGCCCUUACCCGGGAAACGGAUUCCUUUCGGGUCUUAGGCCAUACAGUCUGUUGAGCCUGAAUGAUCUGAGAGACAAGGUCCCCAGAAAGCAGAAGACGAGGAAAGGCCGUGGUAUUGGGUCUGGGAAGGGAAAGACUGCAGGGAGGGGUCACAAGGGCCAGAGAGCCCGAAAGGGCAUAAAGUUGGGUUUCGAAGGUGGGCAGACCCCUAUGCGUCGCCGCUUGCCCAAGCGUGGCUUCAAGAAUCCCUUCAGCCUCACUUUUCAGCCUGUAGGUUUGGGGAAGAUUGCAAAGCUUAUAAAUUCUGGGAAGAUAGAUUCGCAUGAAUUGAUCACAAUGAAAACUCUCAAGGAUACUGGGGCCAUAGGGAAGCAGAUAAAAGAUGGUGUGAGGCUGAUGGGACGUGGCGCUGAACAGAUCCAGUGGCCAAUUCAUCUGGAGGUCUCGAGGGUGACUGUUAGGGCAAAGGAAGCUGUUGAGGCAGCGGGUGGUUCAGUUAGAAGAGUUUAUUACAACAAGUUGGGCUUCCGGGCAUUGCUGACGCCUGAGUGGUUUGAAAAGAAGGGCAGAUUGUUGCCAAGAGCAGCCCGACCACCACCAAAACAGAGAGAUAAAGUUGAUAGCAUUGGUCGCUUGCCUGCUCCGACAAAACCUAUUUUAUUUUUCAGUGACCAAAAUGAUUCAACGUCCCCUUCUCCUUCCUGAAUCCUGAUAUGUGAUGCAUCAUUGUUCAAACAAAGUACUCAUUCUACACUUGCUUGCUUUCACUGUCAACUUCCCCGCCAAUAAAAAAGUGAGUCGAAUUUAUUUUUUUA